AUGUCUAAAGAAAUUGAAUUUAAAUUGGAGUUAUUAAAACUUGAAAAAGAACAUCAAGAAAAGUUAGAGAAAGAAGGGUAUAAACAAAUUACUAAAGGAAAAGGUUAUAUUGUUUUAAGUAAAGAAGAAAAGCCUUUAAAAUCGGUUUCUUCCUUUAAUAAUCUAAAAAACGUAUUUGAGUUGGACCAAGCUCAAACUGCUAAUACCAAUUUUGCCAUUGAUCGUAAUAUUAAAAUGAAAGUUCCACCAGAUCCAUUGGUUUUUAUUAGAAUGCCUCUAUCAAAAUUGGUUUGGACCUCGUUGAGUAUCUCUGCAGGUAGUUCAUUUUUCCUUUUACCCUGCAGUGUUACUCCUUGUGCCGCAUUUAUGAGAUACAUUAAAUCAUAUCCAAUUGUUGGUACCGUAGAAGAAACUAUGGAAAAGAAAAAAGGCUUUACUUCAAGAUUUAGUGCCAGUACUGAAAUUAAGGCAAGUGUAUCAACAGGGUUCUUUGGUUGUGAAGCAUCACUCGAAGUGACCACUGGUUUCGAAUAUGAAGAAACUGUUACAUCAGAGACAACUGAAACAUGGAAACAAACACUCACUGAGGGAAGCUAUAUUGUUUAUCAAAAUGUUAUUGUUUAUGCUUAUUCAAUGCCAUUAACACCAGAUCAAGUUAAUACUAUAAAUUACCAUAACCCAGGUAUGAAUUUGAGAUAUGUCCCACAAAUAAAUUCUGCCGUUAUGUUUGUACCAAUCAAUCGUGAUGAUCCAUUCACUCUUCGUUAUCAAGAUGCCACAUGGGAUCCAGUGGAGUAUGAUUCAUUAAUUAACUAUUUGGCUGCAAAUCCAAGUAAAUGGAGAUCUGAUUCAUAA